CUCACAAAGUGACACCAACAAAACUAAAGUGAACCACAGAAUCAUAACUUUAGUUCAUCUUCAAGCCUUCUCACUUUACUAGAACUCCUUAUAUUGCAAUGCAUGUACCAAUUCCUCUCCACUCUCUUCCGAUACCAAUUCUUCUACAAUGGAUUCAAUUCUUAGACUCACCAUUUCAAUUCUUUGUUUUUCAAUGCUAGCUUCCACUCUUUUUCCAAUGUGUGAUGCGUGGUAUCAUGGAAGAGGUAUAAGGGGUCACAGAAUCCAUAAAAACACCCUCAUUAAAUCCUCCAAGAAGCUGAAAGUAAAAUCUCUAAAACGUUUCAACAAAUAUUCACCAUUUGAUUCAUUUGGGUUCUCAGAUUUUAAUUCAUAUGGGUUUCCUUCUUCCAUACCCUUGCCACCUUACAAUUCACUCCCACCAUCAACUUCCAUUGCUCCUACAUUGGCACCUCCAAGCAUAGGUGGCAUUGGCAACCCUAAUCUCCCAGCAUUUUCACCUCUUCCAAGUCAACCUUCUCAUGGGCCCCCAAGCCCAAGAAGCAUUGUUGCUUCACCACCGCCUCCUUAUAUUUCUUCAAGCCCACCAAAGCAUUCUCCAAGCCUACCAGGACCACCAAAGAGUGUUCCAAGUCUAAGCCCGCCACCAUUGGUGUACCUGCCACCUGUGGUAUUCCCACCACCACCUUCGCCCUCCGCGCACCGCAGAAAGCCCCCACAGUACGCCCUUUGGUGUGUGGCAAAGCCCACAGUUCCAGACCCGAUAAUUCAGGAGGCCAUGGACUAUGCCUGUGGGUCUGGAGCAGAUUGCAAAUCAAUUCAGCCCAAUGGGCUCUGCUUCCAGCCCAACACUCUACUGUCUCAUGCUUCCUUUGCCUUCAAUAGUUACUGGCAGAACACUAAGAUUGGUGGAGGAACUUGUGACUUUGGUGGAACUGCCAUGCUCGUCACUGUUGAUCCAAGCUAUGACAAAUGCAACUUCAUAUUGGCUUAGGUGACACAAUAUUCCCUCAUCCCAACUUCCAUUUUUGAUGUAAUAAUAGUUAAUUCCAUGGCCCCAUGCUUUAUUGGAAAUACCUAUGAUGCCUUUCUACCCUUUCUUCUGCUAUUAUUAUUAAUCUUAUAGCUAUCGUGUUUUUUUUUUCUAAUAUUUUCA